AUGCCAGGGACGGAGCCGUCAUGGAGCGGCGAACUGCGAGUGCUUGUCCUUGAGCCGCGCAUCGAGACGCGCAGUGCACACGAUGGACAAGCUGAGGAUGGAGUGCCGAGUACAGGCAGCAUGCCGACGUACGUUUCCUACGGCGUGCGUGCAGAAUCGGCGCUUCCCCAUUUUGCCUGCCCCCAUAUGGCGACGCGAAAACGCUUCCAGGACUUUGCGUUUCUGCACGAUGCACUUGAAAAAGAGUUUCCUGCAUGUAUUAUACCGCCGCUUCCCGGCAAGCACCGUAUCGGGUACUUGACGGGCGAUCGGUUCAGCCACGAAUUUAUCCAGCGGCGCGUCGCUGAGCUGCAGCAGUUUAUGGAGCGGAUAUGCCGCCAUCCCAUUUUGCAGCGUGCUGGAAUCCUGGAGCAGUUUUUAGCGUCGCAUGAGUGGCACAUUGCGAUGCACAACCAUAGCGGGCGGCCCAUCACAGCACAGACCAGCGACGAUGCACAAGCUCAUACGCCCAGCCUGCUCGAGUCGAUGAGCGACACGAUUGUAAAUACGUUUGCGCGCGUGCGCAAGCCAGACCCCCGUUUUGCUGCGAUCGACGCGGCGCUGGAUGCGGAAGAUGGCGGCGCGACGCAGCUCGAGCGUGUCUUUUUGCGGAAUAGGACCCAUGUUUCUGACCACGAUGACUUACGCAUGCUUGAAGUGGCUGCUUUCGAUGAAUUGUAUGCUACGCCCAUUGGUGCAUCGAUUGAAGAUUUAGCCUCUGAUUACCGCGAUUUUUCUACCGCCCUGCACAAGGUUGCGCUCCUGGAGAGCGGCCUGACGAAGCCGAUGGCGAACGUUGCCGAGGCGCUGCGUACGUACAGCGAUAUGCACACCAUGUACACAAUGGGAACGACGGAUACGCUCAUUGCGCGACUGCAUAGCACGCGCGCUUUUCUCAGCGCACACAAAGCGCUGCUCAAGCACCGCGAGGCGGAGCAGCUCGAUUUCGAAGGACUCACCGACUACCUUUCGCACGAGACUACCGAGCGUGCACGCCUUGAAGCGCUGGGCGCGCACGGCGGGAAUAUUCGGGGAACGGGCCUGCGUGGGUAUAUGCGCUCUACCGUGGAUAAGGUAUGGGGCGUCGACGAGGAGCAGGCAAGAAUCGAGCGCAUGCAGAGGUUAGACGACCGGAUUCACGAGCUGCAUGGCGCGGCGGAGGCCGCGCGCGAGAAUGCAAUCGCAAUGAACGAGCAUGUCGUCCAGGAGCACAACGUGUUUGAGCUGGGGCGCCGCCGCGAGCUCGUACAGUUUCUCGGCGCGCUGGCGGACGGCAAUAUAGAGAUGCAUACGAAAGGCCUCGCAGUCUUUGACAAGCUUGUGAAAGAGCUGGAAGAGGGGGUAGACGAGCACGACACGUAG